AUGGCCGAGCAGGAGAAAGCGGAAUGGGAGAACUUGAACAGGCUGUUAGUGCAUCAUGGGUUGAAACCUGUGAGCUUUGCUGCCGCGGCAAGCAGCAGACACGCGUCAGAUGCAAUCGUCUUAGACAAUCAAUCUUCUCAGGGGAUAAGACUUGCCUUAAAAACGCUGGUGGAAGACACGGAGCGGCAACAGAAAAUGAUGCAUGGGCUUAUGGAGACGAAUCGCCAGCUUAGAGAUGAGGUACGCCAGGAGCGAGGUCGGGCAUCUCGGCAAGAACAACGGGCUAACGAUUUGGAAAACGUGGUGAAGAACAUUAAGUCCAAGAUUUGUCAGCUGGAAGAUGAGACGAUAGCCAGGGUUUGCCAGCAGCAGAAUCAAGUCAAAGAACUUCAAAAAGACCAACAAAUUUCACAGGUGAAGUACCAACAGCAACAGGAAAAGCUGCGAGAACAGGAGGAGACUAUUGCCCAUCUGCAGAGGGAGCUGCACAAGGCUGGGGUGGAGGAGCAGCAACGUGUCGCUGCUCAAAACAAAAUGUUCUGCCAGUUCUGCAAAAGAGCACCCAAGUCUCUUCUGGAUCAGCAGUUUCUUUGUCUGAUUGAUUAUUAUGAAUCACAAAUUAAUCAAAUGAAGAAGGAGCUAAGGCUAUUCAAAAAAGAUGAAGAUCAUGUACAGAGAGAAGAAAAAAAGGAAGAAUUCUUAAAUUUAGAUGCUUCACCCAAUUAUAGAGCACUACUUACGUCUUUCCAGAAUCAACUUAUUGAAACAAAAGCCAGGAAUGAGCAGCUUUUGCUUGAAAAUACAAAUCUCAAGAAAGAUUUGGAACUAAGACCAUGCACAGGAACUCAAACUUUACAAGCACCAAGUGAAGAAACUAGAAAAAACUUUAAAGAAAACUAUCCAGUUUUGUCCAGUAUUGAUGCUGUUAUAAGAAGUCCAAGAGCUCCUCCACUAAUAUACAGGCACAGUAAAGGGCCAGUCCAAAAUGGUGUUAAAGAAAAUGGACAGGAAUGUGGAUUUGAGCACCUUCUUCCCACUAUAGAAAUGUGGGCAGAUCAGCUAAUGGCUGUAAAGGAUUUGCAUCGGUCCUUGAGAAAACUGUCUCUGGAAGUGGUGCCCUGGCACACUACAAAUGCCCAGGAUAACAGGGAGGCUGUACGAGUUGAAGACCUGCAGUUCAUAGUAGAUGCAAUGUUAGAAGAAAUGGAAAAUAAGGAGAAGAGCAGCCAGAGCCCGUCCUUGCAAACGCUGCUGGCGAUCGUCUCCCACUUCCAGAAGUUGUUUGAUGUGACCUCCCUGCACGGCGUUUACCCACGAAUGAACGAGGUCUACACGAAGCUGGGGGAAAUGACCAACGCUAUGAGGAACCUCCAUGAGCUCCUGGAACUAGACACCUCUGCUCCACCCACGGUGGUAGUGGAUACUGUUGGGAAACUGUGUGACAUAAUCAAUGAAAAUGUGACCGAGCGAGUGCAGCAGCUCUUGGGGACCCAAGACAUCCACAGUAUAAUCAAUAAGCUGGAAGAACACGAGUGCUUCUUUCCGCCCUUUCAAGCUCUCAUUCAGGAGCUGCUCUGCCUUCUAGAAAUCAGUAACCUGGAUGAUAUUUUACCUACCGUGAAAAACUUGAAAUUGGCAGCGAGUUAAGUGUGUGUCUUGUCUGCCCUACCACAAGCUCUAUCUCAC